GCUGAGGUAGAGGAAACCCUCAAGAGAAUUCAGGGUCAAAAAGGGGUGCAAGGAAUCAUCAUUGUCAAUGCUGAAGGUAAGCCUAAUUCAAUGAUUACCAUAGUUUAAACUGGUUAGCUAUUUUAUUAAUAAUAUCCUUUGUUAUGGUAAAUCAUGGCACAAUGAAGUUUCUUUCAAAUGUAUUUUCAAGACCGCAAUGAUCUUCCACAGACUCAAUGCACAAUGGUUCCUUUUGCAUUCCCCUCUGACAUUCUCCAGGCAUCCCUAUCAAGACCACCCUUGACAACUCCAGCACAGUGCAGUAUGCUGGACUCAUUCACCAAUUAGUGAUGAAGGCACGUAGCACAGUUAGGGACAUUGACCCCCAGAAUGACCUCACCUUCCUCAGGGUCCGCUCCAAGAAGAAUGAGAUUAUGAUUGCUCCA